CUCAAUUCAGUUCUUUUGCAAUUUUUAGUCUUUUCUAUAACAGAGCCAAAUCACAGCGAAACUUUGUGCUUUGUCGAUAGUUUAGGUAGGUCUUGUCCAAAAUUGUCCGAAAUUCGUCACGGUCGAAGCAAAUUUACUUUAAUCCCCCAUAAUUCAUGUCGGCCAUUGCAGUUUAGUCCGUUCAGCUGGUGGACUUUUGCCACCUGUUUAAACUGUCAUUAGUUUGUUUUUCCUUGAUCAAAACGUCAGCGAUUAUUAGAGAACCUUGGAGAGCUCAAGUAUUUUAACAUCUGGAGAUUUACCACCAUUUCCAAGUCCAAACCAGAAGGAAGACUCUCUUCACGGUUGGCGGGUUACUGAGUCGCAAAGAAACGGGGUUAUCUUGAAUUACCAGCUAAAAAUCUUACAUUCAAGUUUGAUCAAGAUCCAACCCUUGUUUCUUGUUUCUUUGUGGCCACCAGGUUGUAUAACGUAAGCCAACGGAAUGUGUCCUUGGACAAUCAAAAUUUUAUUGACGAGUUGUGUACCAUGACGUGAGAGUCAAACGUUUCUUGGCUUUGAUCGCUCUCAUCGUGAAAAUCACGCUCCCACAAGUUUAAUAUUAUAUCGAAGCUUCCGAUUUAUCAGUUAAAGGGAAGGAAAGCAAACCAAGAGGAACCUAAUUGCUAGUGGUCGACUUUGAAGAAGCUCAAAAUGGAGAACACUGCUGAGAAAGGCGAAGAAAACCCGGAGGAAAACCCUACGAAAGACAAGGAAAACGAGGAAAACAACGGAAGCAAAGAAAUAAAAGCUGCAAAGACAAAGAAAGAGCCGUUACGGAAUCUUUUUGCUUUCUACGCUUUCGGGGCGCUCAUUUACACAGUGUAUUCUGUCAUCAUUUCAGGCGCGCAGGACAUUUUGGCGGGUACUUUUAUUCCGACGGCGGCCGUGUUAGUAACAAAUGUUGGUCCGUAUUUUCUUGUGACGAUGAUCGCGCCCUAUUUCAUUCACAAAGUACCUUAUGUUGUUCGAAUAGUGGCGAUUUACGCUUUUUUUACAGCUGGUCUGUUUAUAAUUGUCUACGCUAAAGAGGUUUAUCUCAAGUUAGUUGGAAUCUGUACAACGUCCCUGGGGGCCGGCAUUGGGGAAGUGUCGUUUUUUACCUUGACUGCAUAUUACGAGAAAGUUACGGUAGCCGCGUAUUCGGCGGGAACUGGUUCAGGAUUUAUCUUAGGACCUCUUUAUUAUACAGGUCUAACAACAUGGAGUUGUGUCUCGCCAAACAACGCUAUGCUAAUAAUGGCGGGGUCGCCUCUUCUUUAUCUGCUAUGUUAUGCCAUCAUGGAGAAAAAACACUCUAAAGCUGUAAAACUAGAUUCUACGCCGGAAGAUAGCAAUGGAACGGAACCACACACAGUCACGUGGAAAGAGAAACUUUCUGCAGCUGGACAUAUUCUCCCAUUGGUUAUAGCUCUGUUUGUUGCCUACGUCAGCGAAUACGUCAUCAUACAGUCUGUCAUCACUACAAUGGCAUUUCCAAAUGCUCCAUUCCCACCAAGAGUUCAUUACAGAUACUAUAUUUUUAUAUUUUUGAGCGGUGAAUUUAUUGCCAGGUCGUAUCUAGCUGUCAUUGCGUCGCUAAAGCCCAGUCUCGUUAACGUAUUUGCAAUCAGACGGAUAUGGAUUCUGUCGUUGAUACUGAUGGGUCAGUUAGUCUUUUUCACGCUGGCUGCGUGGUAUCGAUUCUUACAUGACGUCUGGAUCGUUUUUAUUUUAAUCUUUGGCGCUGGCCUAGGAGCGGGCGCGGCUUUCACAAACGCUUUUGUGGUGGUUUCAGAGACUGAUGCUAAGUUCAAAGAAUUUUCCAUGGGAUUCGCUACCAUCGGGAUGGGUGCGGGGACAUUUUGUGCCGGGGUAGUGGGACUCCUCAUGGAGCCUGUGAUCCGUGAUCAUUGUUUAGCUGUAUCAGAUGUUGGCGAUUAUUGUUUUACGAGACCUUUUGGUGGAUGGAAUCAAACUAUAGGCUGCUGACACAAGAAAAUUAGUUAAAUUAAGUAUUAGCUAGUGUAGAUGAUUCAAACAGUACUAUCUUGUGCCGAAAUGUAUCCGUUGAGGAGCAGCAGAAAUAGCAGGUAAGCAACGUAACGCUUUCGAGUGCUAUGCCAUGGGAAAUCCAACGAGUCACUUGUAUUUUCUUGGUAUACACACAAGCCUUUAGGCGAGUGUAUACUAAGUAAACACAAGUGGCAAGUGUAUGGGAUAUUGUCCUGGGGGGGGGGGGUACUCCCCUAUAUGGGCUAUAUAGGUAGGUGCGGCCCCAGAGGGUAUGGUU